CCUUCUUCCACGACAGAGACUUCAUCUUCUUCCUUUCUUCUUCUAAUUAAAGCUACUUUCUUGUUUGUUAGAUUUAAUCAAGGACUCAACCUUCAACACUCCCUCUUGAGUCCUUUGAUUAAAUCCCCAAUUCAAAUCUAGGGAUUUGACUCCCAUGGUUCUUCGUUGCUCAUUCCUCUGCUCUUCAAGACAUUUGUAUAGCUUCUGCCCUCUCUUGACAGGAUUUAUUCGCAAUCUUCGUUUGCUUUGUGAGCUUUCCUCACUUCUGAUCAAGCUGCGUUUGCAACUAGUUUCUUAUUAUUCUUCUCCGACGACAUCACUCUUUCCGCUGGUACUUCAUCUGAGACAUCUUCCAUUGUCUCCCUCUUCGACGAACCUGAACAGGAAACACGACUCUUGGGUUCUUCUCUUUUCCCGUAAGCCUUCUCCAUGUCUCCUCCAAGUCUUGUCUGUGAAUCUUCUUCACGUCACUACCACCGUGAACUUCCGUCACGUCUUCGUCGGCUUAGUUCUCCAGCCAUCUUCUAUUCUUCUGCUCCCUUUCACUCUUAGGUUUGCUUGAUUUUGAUGCUGGUUUGUCUCCUCCAUUUCUCUGAUGGUUGAGAAUUUCCAGCAACUCUGGCAGCUUCCUUGGUCUGCUUGUUGAUGCCGUCAUGUUGCCAUCUUCACGUCAUUCUGGGCUUUUUCAGCUUCCUUUCUCUUAGGCUCCUUCUCUUCAUCUCCAGCAGCAACCACUUUCAUGGACUCUCCAUUUCAGCUGCUGCAAGGUCUUCGGCAUUGGAGUUUCUUCAGCUUCUCCUCUGUCUUCUUCUUCCUCCAUCUUAGAGGCUCCAAGGAUAACUACAGCUCUGAUACCAUGUUGACAUUCCUCACUCUUUCUUAUUCAGAUUUGUUUCUUUCUCUCUUUUUCUCUUUACUUUUGUUUAUCUUUUCUCACGCUCUCUUUCUGCUUUAGUUCUCUCACUCUGUUUCAUUGUUGCUGUUUGAUUGUUUGAACACAAGAGAAAGACAAAUAUAAAGACUACAUUUUUGAUAUUGAUCAAUUGUUCUUUGUUACAACACAACACAUACACUUAUGCUACAUGGACUCUACUCUUAACCACUCCUUCUAUGCCAUACCUCUAGUCUUAGACUCUCUUACACAAGCCACACUACACUUGUUUAGACUCUAACCUCUCAUCUUAGGACUUUAACUACUUAACUAUUACACCAACUUUAGCUAUGAUAACUUAGACUUAAUCUUCCCUACACACACAAUCGACCAUUAUUUCCUUGGGCUGAUGAUGCUUUGCUGGCCCAUUAGUCUAAAACACGAAGCCCAUUUCUUUUCUCCAAUGUUGACUUUUUAUUUCUUGGUUGACUCUCUUCUUCUUCUCUGAUUCCUUCUUCCACGACAGAGACUUCAUCUUCUUCCUUUCUUCUUCUAAUUAAAGCUACUUUCUUGUUUGCUAGAUUUAAUCAAGGACUCAACCUUCAACAAAUGUGCUAUAUGACCCGAGAACUGUUCAUAAUUAAGGAAAUAGGAAAAUGCAACUAUUCAUUUACUGUGCUUUUCUCAAUAUGGCAAGAGUACCCCUAUUCCCCCUAACUAAAGCGUUCUGUUCAUGCACGUUCUUGAUAAUAUCUAUUGUCAGAAUAACGAUUUUUGUUAAUUUAAAUUUCAAAUUCAAACUUCAAUUAGUUAUUACAUCGUUACAUACACUGAUAUGGUGUUAUACAGAAUAAUGUAUGUUAUACAGUAACGUCGUUUAGGAUAAUAUCUCUGGACCCAGAUAGAGAAUCCACAAAAAUCCUAAAAUUAGAGUCUGUUCAUUCCCUUUGUCCCAACCAAAUUCCAAUUCUUGUACAGAAGAUCUAGGAUCAGCAGGGCAAUCGUUUGCAGAUAUUCAUCUAAGUCGUUUAAUGAUACUUUCAAUUUUGGAUUUCAAACGGGUUUUCUGAUUCUCACUCCAAUCCUAUAUAGAAUCUGCGCCGAUGUCGAAUCUGCAACUACCGGAGAGGAUGUUUGCAGUGGGGGCAAGAACCUAUUGGUGAAAGGGUUAAUACCUACCAAAAAUCGAAGACAGUCCAGGCUAUCAUUAAUGCCCUCGAUGAUGACGAAGUGAAGCGGCUCAGGGAAUCUCAGUUGGGAAGACUCUUAGCGACCAUGGAGAUGCCUUCUUUCUCUGGCAGUUUUGGGUACUAUAUGCUUGCUCGCCUCCUUCGUGUCAAGAAGAAACACGAGCUUUGGUUCCUGUUCGCAGGCCCCAUAAGAUUCUCGCUUCGUGAGUUCGCUAUUGUAACCGGGCUAGGGUGCAGGAAGUUUGCACAGACAAAGAAGAAAAAGAACCUUGUGACCCAGAAACCCUAUUGGCUCGAACUCUUUGGCCUUCUCAAAUCGUGCACCGUCGAGUCCAUGAUUAACAUGCUAGCAAGGAAGAAAAUAACCGAUAAGGAGAAGCGAUUUAAAUGUGCCUGUCUCGCAGUUACUGCCGCUGUAUUGGUUCCGACAUCACAUGUUACGAAGAUUGUCCCGGAGCAUGUCGAGCUGAUUAGGGACAUCGAUGUUUUCCUGUCAUAUCCAUGGGGAAGGGUGGGGUUUGACUUGUUGGUUUCCAGCAUUAGAUCCAAGGACAAGUUAGAGUUAUCACAGAAGACUAUAGCCGUCAAAGGUUUUUUCUACGCGAUCCAGUUAGUGAUGAUGGCAGCCGUCCCGUCAUUGACAGAAGUGGUACAAGAGCCGUCUGGUGAUUCAGAUAGCGAUGGGGAGGAGGAGUCUGAUUUUUGUGAUGAGCAACUAAGCGAAUAAGAAUGUAAUCCGGCGCCUGAGGACUCAGUUAAUGGUGAAGGCGGACCGGCGGCCGGUUAAAUAAAGAUGACGCUUAGUCCCGGACAUGCUCGCGACAUUGACGAGGAAGAGAAGGUUUUAGUUCAUUCCAUCAUUCCUACCAACGAAGACUAUGCUAUCGAAGGCAUGGACCUACGGUGGCCUGAUGAAGAAGUGGACGCGCCUGUUGAAGUUAAUGUCAAGCUUAUAGGAGAAGGCUUUAGGUUUACGAAGGACAUGUUUACGGUGGGUUGACAUCGGCCGACUUACUCCGUAUGCGUAACGACAAGGCAAUAAAAGAAAAAGAAGUGCAUGACAAGAAGAAAAAGGAUAAACCUGCCGAAGGUUCGGGUAUUACUACACUGCUUGUUCCCGAGACUAUUGCCGAGCUGGUGGCACUCAAAUUAAAGGGUGAGCUGCAGAGUUUGAAUAAUAGGUUGCGAGAUUUGGAAGCUGCAUUAAUCUUGCAGGGCGAGAAGAUUACAGUGGCUUUAAAGUCCUUGGAGGCGUCUGUUCUCGCAAAUUCAUCGCAUUCUGGCCCCUGCACUCAAGAUGCGCCUGUGAUGGAGGACUUUACACGGGAACGUUGUGACUCCGAGCGGUCAAACAUUCACCCGUCUACAGCGAACCCUCCGCCACCUGUAAUGACAGAUCCCGACAACCACCCUCUCUGUACUGUUACUGGUAGCACUGUCCAUCCCCAACCUUUCUCGUCUCGUACUUUCCAACAACCCCCUCCCAGCUUCAAACCUAUUUUGAAGGCUCCUAGCCUUGCAAUAAGUAAUGAAGAGUUCAUUCAGAAUCUCACUCAAUCCAUAAACGCCCAGGCCUCGGAACCAUCCCGCUUUUCUGGAUCUUUCACUGUCAUACCGAAUUCUUGUCCUCUUUCUCUAGCCCCGCCUACCGUGUCGACAUUACCAGUGUCGUCUCUACCUGUUCCCGAGGACAACUAUCUAAGCCACGUCGACGAAUUCAACAGUUCAACCGUGCUUGGUGGAAACAAUAAAGCGAUUGAAUUACUCCUAUCUGUAUCCCCCACCUUCUCUCUUGGACUCAUACAAGAAGACCAGAUGGCUGACCAUGAACCGGACUACCUAAAAGACCCCUUUGUUGAUGAUCAGGUUCAUCUCCCUACAGGAUGAUGGACUGAUAUUUGAAAAUCCUGUGUUGAAGAUGCUCAUGCAGAGUCCUCUUGUCGACGAGCUGGUGAGCGUCGAGAGGCAUGUUUGCGUCGAAGUCAUAGUAUUGAUUUUCCGAACUUGAGGAAGCUGAGGCAACUUCUUUAGGAGGGUUUCUACUGAGCAUGUCAGCAAGAGUGUUCUGCGUACCCAGGAUUCGAAGUCGUAUUUCGAAAACCAUUCGCUCCAGCGCAAUAAUUGUUGAUGUGGGACCAUCUUCUGCUUGAAUUGUAACAUCUUCGGAAAAGAAGACAUAUCCAUUUCGAUGCGAAAUUUAUGUCCUAUCAGAUGAAACUCGAACUUCUCGAUAGCCUUCUUGACCGCUAAGAUUUCUUUGAAUGUAGAGUGAUAAUGCAUCUCGGAAUCUCUAAAGCGUCCGCUCUUGUAUCCACAGAUUUGACGUUUACCAUUUAUUUCUUCGAAUAAAAUGGCUCCCCAAUA